GGGGGGAUGGGGGACAGAGAGAGGCCUCAUCUGAGCCUCCUGUCACAUCUGAGGAGGGGCAGCUCAGCUCAGCCCAGAGGCAACUUCAUCAACAGGAAACGGAGCUCUGCAGAGCCUUCAGGGUUAGGUUCACUGCUGCAAAGCGACACCUGCUGGAGGAGGAGCAGGUUCUCCAAGCUGUGGUCCGAGGACCUGCAGGGGAACCUGAGGGAUCCCUGAAGAGUUCACCGUAAAAUGGGGGAAAUAGUUUAAAGCCUGCAUGACAUCCAGCCUCCUGAUGUUGGUCCAGCUGCAGCAGUGGCCUCUGGGUGGGGCUACUAGUCGGUAUAAAGGAGGAGCAGGUCUGGAGGGUGGAGUGAGAAUCUGCUGUGGACCUGCUGCGACCCUCUCUCUGCUCCUCCAGUCCGGAUCUGCUGCCUCCUGCCUAUCUGGACCUCCUCCUCAUCACCUCCUCCUCCUCCACCAGGACCAUGGAGAGCUCCAGGAUGCUCCUCGGGCUGCUGUUGGUCGGCCUGCUGUCCCUCCUGUCUCACGGACAGACGUCCCAGGAAGUCUCUGCAGAGGACUUUGGAGGGGACAGACCUGAACCAGCUGCAGACAGAGACCUGAUCGAUGCUCUGGAGGCUCUGCUGGGCCGGAUGCACAACCGGAUUUCCUCCACUGAGAAGAGAGGAAGCAUCCCACUGUGUGGGAUGGGUGACCGCUGUGCCAUGAAGUUCGGGCCUCGCAUCGGGAAGCUGUGUGACUGCGGCAGAGGAGCCAACUGCAACUCCUACCUGCUCAAAUGCAUCUGAAGCACUGAGGACUUUUCUGUUUCAUAGCAUCACUUCUGCAGGACCAACCAUCCCUCACAGCCUCAGCAGAUCUCCAUAAAACUGACACAAACCCCGACUCUCAUCUUUCUGUCGGGCUCUAAUAUCAUCGUUUAUUAUCCGUUAUGCAUUGUUGGCAGCUGUUGCCUGAGGAUGAGCAUGCUGACUUAUUGUUUACUGCAUGUGAAUGCUUCAUGUUCAAUAAACACAUUUAUCAACAUGUC